AACCACAGCACCACGCACCGCCUAGCCCCGCCAACCAGAGCGGAGCAUCUCUCCCCGGCCUCCCUCGCCUCGGUGUCGCCGCCCAUGGCCGUCGCCAAGAGCAAGGCAGGCAAGCACGCCGCCCCGCUGCUCGGCAAGUACGAGCUCGGCCGCCUCCUCGGCCGCGGCACCUUCGCCAAGGUCUACCACGCGCGCUCCCUCGUCGGCGGGGAGGCCGUGGCCAUCAAGGUGCUCGACAAGCCCGGGCUCGCCGCCACCGCCGGCAUGGACGCGCGCGUGCUCGGCGAGGUCUCCGCCAUGCGCCGCCUCCGCCACCCCAACGUGCUGCGCCUCCACGAGGUGCUCGCCACGCGCUCCAAGGUCUACCUCGUCAUGGAGCUCGCCCCCGGCGGCGACCUCCUCUCCAGGCUCGCCUCCCUCCCGUCGCGCCGCCUGCCCGAGCACGCCGCGAGGCGCGUCUUCCUCCAGCUCGUCUCCGCGCUCAUCUACUGCCACGCGCGCGGGGUGUCCCACCGCGACGUCAAGCCGCAGAACGUCCUCCUCGACGCCGACGGCAACCUCAAGGUCUGCGACUUCGGCCUCGCCGCGCUCCCGGAGUCCCACCGCGACGACGGCCGCCUGCACACCGCCUGCGGCACGCCCGCCUUCGCCGCCCCCGAGGUGCUCCGCCGCAAGGCGUACGACGGCGUCAAGGCCGACGCAUGGUCCUGCGGCGUCAUCCUCUUCGUCCUCCUCGCCGGCCGCCUGCCGUUCGACGACUCCAACAUGGCCGACAUGUGCAGGAAGGCGCACCGCCGCGAGUACACGCUCCCGGAGUGGGUGUCCCAACCGGCGCGCCGCCUCGUCAGCCGCCUGCUCGACCCCAACCCAGCCACCCGCCUCACAGUCGCCGAGCUCUCCACCCACCCGUGGUUCAAACGCUCGCUCAGCCUCGACUCGCAGCUCGGAAGCCUCCUCGGCGGCGCGCCGGAGCGCGAUCUCCUGUUCCAGGCCCCGCCGACGCUGAACGCGUUCGACAUCAUAAGCAUGUCGCCGGGGCUCGACCUGUCGGGACUCUUCGGCGAAAACCGGCGGAGCCGUGAGAAGCGGUUCAUGACGACGGCGUCGCCGGAGCAGAUGGUCGAGCAGCUCGGGCACUCGGGUGCAAAGCUCGGUUACUUCAUGGUGGGCAAGAAAGGAGUAGAGCGGCUGCCACUAGGCGGCCUGUCGGGGCUCGUGGCCAUGUCCAUGGAGAUGUCGGAGGUGGCGCCGCCCCUGAUGCUCGUCGAGCUGAGGCUGGAGGCCGGCGACGACGAGGAGGUCGAGAAGUUCGGAUGGGACGAGCUUAGGACGGAGCUUGGGGAGGUGGUCAUGGCGUGGCAUGGAUGCGAGGAAUUGCGGACGGGCGCGGGGGGCGGCGCGCUCGGGUGCAAGUGCCUGUUCGGGCUCGGCGUGCCGGAGAUGGUCGUCAUCGCCGGCGUCGCGGCGCUGCUGUUCGGGCCCAAGCAGCUCCCCGAGAUCGGCCGCAGCGUCGGCAAGACCGUCAAGAGCUUCCAGCAGGCAGCCAAGGAAUUUGAAACAGAACUGAAGAAAGAGCCCGAGGAAGGCGGCGGCGACCAGCCUCCACCUGCAACCCCCACGGCGGUCAGCAGCAGCGACGAUGAAGAGAAAAAGGAGUUAGAGGCAUCGAGUAGGAAAGAGAGCGCAUGAUGACCGGGCCACCGAUUGCAAACUAGAAGAAGAGUUGUGUAUGUAUGUAAAAACAUCGUGACGUUCUAGCACAUUGCUCCCUGUUUUUGUUGUUCUUGCAGGCCAUGCAGCAAUAUUGUUUGUAACCGGCGAAUACGUGUCCCCUCUGAAAUACCAUGUUGCUAAUGUAUGAGGUUACUUGUGUACGUA